GUGGGCUGGGCAUAUCCUCAGCAGCAGAAGAAUUAUGAAUUGUUUUGGUCUACGCAGGACAGCUCAGAGGUGAGUCUCUUCGGCAAGGUGCCCAAUCCUGUGGAUCUCGAGGUCCUGAUGCUGAUCAAGGUUUACCGCUUCGGUGAGCUUUUUGCUGGGGCAGCGAAUGUCACUACUGCUGUGAAGCUCCAUGGCAUUCCUGCUUUCAAGAUGGACAAAAUCUAUUACGGGGGUUUCGAUUUCUUGGCACCGGCUGGAUUCUCGUUCCUGGGCUGCUUUUAA